GUUGUUGUUGUUUUUGUUUUUAUCAGCUAUCCAACGAGUAGUUUGUUAGUGCUAUUAACAAUGAAAAUUCCUUAUCAGGGAAUUUUUAACUCAACCCUGCAUUAAUUGUUAGAAAUGUUUUCACUAUCCAGAAUUAUUCACCAAUCAGAGGAGAGUUUCGUCACGCUUCGAAGACCCUCUGCGUAACCUAGACUUUGUUUAGCCUUAGUUCCAUUUGAUUCCAUUUUCCGCUGUAGCGCAAAUAGUUCGCGAGUUUAUUUGUUAGCGCAUGGGCAGUUUGACAAAAAUAAAAAAUAAAACGAAAAAAAAACUUUGACAUAUGUUGUUACUGCAUUAAACUUUCUUCAAAGAAAAACAUGUUCUUUUUCUGUUAAAUUUUUUAUGUCCCAGUCCUACUAACGAUAUUGUGUUCUUGGGUUACCAUCCCUAGCAUGAGUUGAGCGUGGUGUAUUAAUGACCUUUCAAUCUGAUCUAGAUUAUAUUAUUUCUAAACUCAAACCCCUCUGCAUCAAAUCUGUCUUUAUUAUCUCUUGCCAAGUCUUUCUCGAUCUAUCUUAGAGCUUUGUCUAAGGAACUGAUUAUCAAAUUUCUCAACUAACUCAAUCUUUUUUAUUUAAAUAAUAUGUUUAAAACUAAAAAUACUUGUCUGUUUCGUAGCUCAUUUGAACUUUCUCUCUCUGUCUUACAAAAUGAUGUUACAUAGCUACCACCUGGUCCGUCUCAUAUCAUUCCUUUCUAAACGAUAAAGAUCUCCUUGCUUCACUGCCCACCUCUAACUACGGUACAUGUUGACGAUGAUAUUUUCAUUGUUUUAAUAAGCUAUCAAAAGACUAGUUUAUUUAUAGUGCUAUUAACAAUGAAAAUUCUUUAUCAGAGAAUUUAGAAUGAUCUCACUACACUCUGGCAAGAGUUAGCGAUAGUUUUCUAACAUUUAACUGUGUAAGGUUUUAAUGUUUUUGAUGUUAAGCAUUGUUCUUCAUCGAACUGAUGAUUUUUUUUUACUUUCAGCUGCUACAUCGACACUUCAGGAACAUGAAGACGUAAUAACAGAUUCAAGUGAAGUGUUGCCAGCAUUCUGUCAGUCACUGGAAGCCAUCUUGAGACAGGGUUUAAAACGCGGGCUUGGUGUUAUUAGAUUGGCUGAUCGAGACUAUUGGAACUGUAUAGAAGGUUUGACGACUUCUUCCAAAGUAGUAAAUCGCGUCCCUCCGUCCAUCUCUCACGUUAUAUCUGUGGUAAAACAAUGUCCCAGGGUUUGUACGUCACUGAGUCGCGGUCGAGUGUUUCUUCGCCUUGCUUUAGUGAAAGGUGUUUUGGUGCAAGCAAUAAAAUCACUUGUAGAUAAUCAAGACUAUGUUAAGUAUUGGUACAAAGAUUACUCAGUGUUGGUAGAUUACCGCGAGAAAGGUGUGGUGAUCGAUAUAUUAAAAUCGCUCAAGAAAAAGACUUACAAGUUGAAUAUAAAUGAUUGUUCUUUUCUUGACGAAACAUGGUUAAUACCAGCGUAUCAAAGAUUUGAGUUCGUACCAUGCGCAUUUUUAGGAAUGACAUUGUUUACUUGGGAAGGCAAAUGCAUGAUCAUUGAUGUUGCGGUUGGUAGUGCAGCUGACGAGAAUGAUGUUCAGCCCGGAGAUUGUCUCGAUGAGUUGCAUGGACAGUUAAUAGAUGAACGUUGGUCAUGUAGGAUAAGCGAGUUGAAAAGGAAAAAUCGUGGAAAGCCUAUCACAGCUACCAUUGUUAAAGGUCGUUUUCCAGACGGCCGUUGGUUUUCGCCGCUUUAUAGAAGAUUUGCAGCUCUGUGCUCAGCUGGUAAAUGUUCCAUGGUCACACAAAAAGAACAACCUAAAGAGAAUUGUGAUCCAAACAAUCAAGAAAACGAGAGAUUACUUCAUACGUUUUACGUGAAUUAUCAUGGUUCUUCUGAUGUCGGAAGUAAUGGCAGUUGCAUUUUUGUUCAAGAUGGAGUCAAAAAACUUUUACAAUCAGAAUACAAAAGUGUACGACUAAAAUUGCAACUUAUGGAGAGAGAUAUUGUCUUAACCAAAGAAGAUGGAGAGGUUUUUAAAAGAUAUUCAUAUACCGAAACUUCUUCAUGCGCAGUCUAUGACACUGAUCCGAGUUUCUUUGGUUUUAUGGUUGGAAAUACCACGUGUUCAUUUGCAGAUAAAUUCGAAUGUUGUGUUUUUUCUAGUGAUACGUCUUUUAUGUCGAAGAAGAUUAUCGAAGGAAUAGGAAAAGGAUUCGAUCGAACGGUGUAUUGUGUAUAAACUAAUCACACAGCAGUCCUAAGAUCGCUUAGCAACGAUCUUAUCUUGUUAAGAUGACAGACGAUGCGAUAAUUUGUCUUUCUUUCUUUGUUAAAUGUUUGCAUCUGCGAUUUUAAACUGGCGCCGACAGCAAUUAGUCGUUGCUAUGCCGUACGUCGUACUUGUAAUAUGUCGUUUUUCUGUAAAAUAAUAUUUAUUUAACUUUAGGGAAGAAACGAAUGCAGAAGUGAAAAAUGCGGAAGAAAAUAUGGGGAAUAAUUGUUUGCGUGUUUGCCUCGUAUUUUCAUUUUACCUUAUUUCCGACUCGUUUGAAAUUGUCCUGUAAAUUUCGCAUAUUUCUUCCCUGAAGGUAUCUUUUUGUGUAUUUAUCGUUGAUGCAUAAUAUCGUGCGCUUGCUUAUAUUUAUAUAUUUAUAUAUCGCGCCAUUUUUAAUCGACAAAAUGUCAGAAAUUUGUGCUUCCGCAAGUAAUGAUGUUAACAUCUUGCGUUAUUAUUUAGCUAUUUCUUAAGGGUUGUAGGUACAUUUAUAGAAGUUGUGAACGUGAACUUUUAUUUACGUAAAAUAUUUUGUGUUACUGUAAAUAGUUAUUUUGACUAAUAUUUUUAUAGAAUAUAGCAACUUAUGAAGAGAAACAUACAGAGUAAUCAAGCAGAAACAUGUUAAUUUUGAUUGAAGCGAGCAUUUCUGCAACCGGAGAGAAAUAUCUGGCCUAACUGAGUUUGCAUAAAUUUGGGACAGUGUACUUCCGUUAAGAGCAAUUGCCUAAAUGGACAACCGCGUCAAUCCAGUACUCAUGCUGAACGUUAAGCAGAAAGGAUCGAUCACAUUUAUAUGGUCUUUCGCAUGACUCGGCCUGUACUGGAGGCGAACGCUCUACCAGGUCACCAGCCGGUUAAAUCGAGAGUUUCUAAGGCCAAAUCCAAGGGAGAUGGACUUUGGUUCCAUAAAA